UCAAGACACCCUUUUUGAUAUUAUUUGCUGGGAUUGACUAAGAAUUCCGGAAAAUCCCUUCUUCUAGCGAGAAAAAUAAAUAAAUAAAUAAGAAAAAGACAAUCUUGUAGAAUGAGCAGAGAAAGAAAACCCAGAAAAUUUGUCAAAUUCCUUAGCACUAGUAGGAUCACAUUGGCAGUUUUAGUCGUUGUGAUUUUGCAGUUGAGUUGGGUGCAGCUGGUACAAUGCCAGAACUUUGAUGACUAUACAUCUGGAAGUGGAAAAGAUUUUCCGGUGGAUAAUCCGGAAUUUGUCAAGUAUUUUACUCAAGUUGCUUACAGCAGGCUAUCCAAUCUCACUACGCUUUUGCUCUCCAGUCAAUUUGCUAACAACUAUAGCUACUGUGUUAAGGAUCCGAAAGCUGAAUGGAACAGGGCGUUUAACUUUUCCGACAAUUUGGAUUUUGUUAGUAACUGCAUUACCAAUCUCAGAGGAGACAUCACUCAGCGAAUAUGCACAGCUGCAGAGAUAAAAGCCUACUUCAACAGCAUCCAAAACUCAAAUGCUAUAAAACCUAAUGGAAACUGCAAUAGGACAUCUUGGGUUUCUGGUUGUGAGCCUGGAUGGGCAUGUGGCGUCAACUCAGAUCAGCCAAUUGAUUUAAAAAAUUCUCGUGAUAUACCAGUCAGAACUUUGGACUGCCAAUCCUGCUGCGCAGGUUUUUUCUGCCCACGUGGCAUCACUUGCAUGAUACCAUGCCCAUUAGGUUCGUACUGUCCACUUGCUACGCUUAAUAGGUCUAGCGGCAACUGUGAACCGUACAAUUACCAGUUACCAGCUGGACAGCUAAAUCACACUUGUGGUGGGGCAGAUAUGUGGUCCGAUGUCAUCUCUAGUGGUGCUAUAUUCUGCUCAGCAGGAUCAUAUUGUCCAACCAGUAUAGAGCAAACUCCUUGCAGCAGUGGGAAUUACUGUCCAAUGGGCUCUACAUCUGAGAAACCAUGCUUCAAGCUGGCUUCGUGUGAUCCCAAUACUGCAAGUCAAAAUAUUCAUGCAUAUGGAGCAAUGCUUAUAGCUGGUUUGAGUACUCUUCUCCUUAUUAUCUAUAAUUGCUCUGACCAAGUUAUCACCAUCCGAGAGAGGAGACUGGCCAAGUCCAGGGAAGCAGCAGCUAGAAGCAUAAGAGAGAAGGUUCAAGCACGUACAAGGUGGAAAGCUGCAAAAGACGCAGCUAAAAAGCAUGCAAUUGAAUUGCAAAGUCAAGUAUCUCGGAAAUUCUCUCGCAGGAAAGUUGGUGCAGAAAAUGAAAAAGUUAGGAUAUUAAACGAAGAAGAGCUUGGGACAGAUGAGGAUCUAUACCCUACCAUGGACACUAGUACUUCUGGUGCAUCUGAGCAAUCAUAUGCUUCAUCAGAAGGGAAGACAAUAGAAGCAGGUCAUCUCACAAGAAUGAUGCACGAAAUUGAAGAUCAUUCUGACAGUUUCUCAAGUUUUGCAGUGGACGCUAAAAGUAGCAAGUCAAAAGCUGCAAAGGAAAAAGAAAUACACACUCAUAGCCAAAUUUUUAAGUAUGCUUACUCACAACUUGAGAAAGAGAAAGCUCAGGAACAGCAGAACAAAAAUCUUACGUUCUCAGGAGUAAUUUCAAUGGCUGCCAAUACCGAGACGAGAAAAAGACCCGUUAUUGAGAUUGCUUUCAGAGACCUAACUGUUACUCUGAAAGGAAAACACAAACAUCUUUUGAGGUCUGUCAAUGGAAAAAUAAUGGCUGCCCGUAUAACAGCUGUGAUGGGCCCGUCGGGGGCAGGAAAAACAACUUUUCUCUCUGCCCUGGCUGGAAAAGCAGUUGGAUGCACAAUCAAUGGUUUGAUUCUUGUAAAUGGAAAGACCGAAUCGAUCCAUUCAUACAAAAAGAUUGUCGGUUUUGUUCCACAGGAUGAUAUUGUGCAUGGAAAUUUGACUGUGGAGGAGAACCUAUGGUUCAGUGCAAGAUGCAGGCUUUCUGCAGACUUGCCUAAACCAGAUAAGGUUCUUACCGUUGAGAGGGUAAUUGAGUCUCUGGGGUUGCAGGCUGUCCGUAGUUCCUUGGUUGGAACAGUAGAAAAGAGAGGCAUAUCUGGAGGUCAGAGGAAAAGAGUAAAUGUUGGUCUGGAGUUGGUUAUGGAGCCCUCGCUUCUCUUUUUAGAUGAGCCCACAUCUGGAUUGGACAGCUCAUCUUCCCAGCUUCUUCUUAGAGCAAUUCGACGGGAGGCUCUUGAGGGGGUAAACAUAUGCAUGGUUGUCCACCAGCCAAGCUACACCUUAUUCAGGAUGUUUGAUGACUUGAUACUUCUAGCAAAAGGUGGUCUUACUGUAUAUCAUGGUUCGGUUAGAAAAGUUGAAGAGUAUUUCACCAGCCUUGGUAUCAAUGUUCCUGAACGAGUUAAUCCCCCAGAUUAUUUCAUUGACGUUUUGGAGGGAUUGGUCAAACCAAACACAAGUUCCAGUUUGAGUCAUGAAGAGCUUCCAGUCAGAUGGAUGCUUUAUAAUGGUUAUCCUGUACCCCCAGACAUGCAACACUAUUCUGUUGCUGUUACUGCAUCUCCAACAUAUGUACAGUUUGGUAGUCAUGAGUAUUCUGCUCAAAUUACAAACGAGGACCAAUCUUUUGCCGGGGAAAUGUGGCAAGAUGUGAAGUGUAACAUGGAAAGGCGGCGAGAUAUAAUUCGGCACAACUUCUUGCGGUCAAAAGAUUUGUCAAACCGAAGAACUCCAAAUGUGCUCCUGCAAUACAAGUAUUUUCUUGGGAGGGUUGGCAAGCAACGAUUACGUGAAGCAAGAGUGCAAGCGAUAGAUUAUCUCAUUUUGUUACUUGCUGGGGCUAGCUUGGGAUCUCUUAGCAAAGCAAGUGAAGAGCAGUUUGGCAUGCCUGGUUAUACUUAUAGUAUUAUUGCUGUUUCUCUUUUAUGCAAAAUUGCGGCUUUGAGGUCAUUUUCAAUGGACAAGCUACAACAUUGGCGAGAAAGUGCUUCAGGGAUGUCUAGCCUGGCUUAUUUUGUUUCGAAGGAUACAAUGGACCACUUUAACACAGCCAUCAAGCCUGUGGUCUAUCUAUCAAUGUAUUAUUUCUUCAAUAAUCCCAGAUCGCCAUUCAUGGAUAAUUAUAUUGUUUUGCUCUGCCUCGUGUAUUGCGUGACUGGUAUAGCAUAUGUAUUAGCCAUCUUUCUUGACCCUGGACCUUCUCAGCUGUGUUCAGUAAUUCUUCCUGUGGUUUUGACUCUGGUUGCAACUCAGGCCAGAGAUAAUAAAGUAUUGAAGAUUAUAUCUGACUUCUGUUAUCCAAAAUGGGCCUUAGAAGCAUUUGUUAUUGGAAAUGCAGAAAGGUACUAUGGUGUGUGGAUCAUAACUCGCUGCGGUACGCUCAGAAGAUUUGAUUAUAAUCUCCAUGACUGGAUACUUUGUAUAGCUAUUCUAAUCCUCACUGGCAUAGCUAGUCGUGGCAUAGCUUUCCUCGGCAUGCUGGUUUUCCAAAGAAAGUAGGAGUAAAUUCAAUUUGACCAAGUACUCAGUUCAGAUUAUUGCACGGAAGUAUAGUCACUCUCAAUUUUCAGGCAAUCACAGAAUGCAUGAUUCGAAGGCUCUGCGUUUCCAAGCUAACAUUUACUCGAGUUCAAAGAAAAGCUAACAUUUACUCUGGAGUAACGGUGCAGGAUCUAAUUCUUGACUGCAUCAUGAUAGUUCUUCUGAGCUUUUUAUGGCCAAUUUAAUGUAUAGGAACUUGUGGUGAGAGUAUAUUUAUAGCUUUACACAGUUCAUCUUUUAGUGUAUGUCAGAGGAGAGAGCCUAUUGGUUUUUCCUCGUACAAUCCAGAGACAUACUUUAAUACGAUUAGUGGAUUCUUUUCAUGUAAACAGA